AUGGCGGCCCCCACGAGUGCUGCGGAAGCUUUCGUCUCCCAUUCAAAAAGUUCUCCUACGGCUGCUCCGAGCAUGGAGAGCCCGCCGAUUCAGUACAGUAUGGUUCUGGAUCAUCUUAUUGGGGACAAGAGGACCGUGAAGGACUUGAACCCCGGCGUCAUGGGGGGACUGCCGGUGCCAUCAAAAAGCGAGGAGCAGAAGAUGAUAGAGAGGGCAAUGGAGAGCUGCGCUUUCAAGACGCUUUUGGCCUGCGUUGGAGGGUUUGUCCUCGGAGGAGCGUUUGGCGUUUUCACCGCAGGCAUCGACACCAAUGUCGGUUUCGAUCCCAAAGACCCGCUGAGGACCCCCACGGCGCGAGAAGUCCUCAGAGACAUGGGCCAGAGGGGCAUGUCCUACGCUAAGAACUUCGCCAUCGUGGGUGCCAUGUUCUCUUGUACAGAGUGCAUCAUAGAGUCGCACAGAGGCAAAUCCGACUGGAAGAACGCCGUGUACAGUGGCUGCAUAACUGGAGGAGCGAUUGGGUUUCGUGCUGGUCUGAAGGCCGGGGUCCUAGGAUGCGGAGGCUUUGCGGCUUUUUCUGCAGCCAUUGAGUAUUAUCUGCGGUGAACGACGAAAGAGAAAGAACGAGUCCCUUUGGAUGAGCCUGUGAGAGAUGGCGACCCGUCGGCCUGCAAAUCACAAUUACGAUUUGUGGGAUUUAUGCGCUGGUUGUAAGUGGACAGGAAAACACGGUACCUAUGCGUUGUUUUGAAAUUGCUGGCAGAUGAGCGGUUGUCAGCUUCUGUGUGUGUAAAGAAAGAUUCGUUGGGAAAACACUGGCCACCUUCACAUCGCAUGCUAAUAAGAGUCAGCAUUUAUGUGAAAACUGUUUGGUCAUUUCAUCGGGUUUAUUUUCCAACUUUUCCAAUUUGUGCGCUCACCUGUGCAAAUAUGCUUUCUUCGUUGUUAUUUUAAGUAGUGUUUGUCAUAAACAUUACAUUCGUAUAUCUGUGAUUGGAUCUCCUUUUUUUUGCCCCCUGAUCUACUUUUAACAAAAUCUAAAAAUGUUAAUGUUUUAAUCGUAUAUGUUGAUUUUAUAAGCUAUACGUUCACACAUAAGGCAUAGAUGGCUUACGGUUAUAAUCUACUGUAUGUAUAGAGUGUGUAUAUGUAUGCUUAUGGAAUACAGUAGGCGUACAUUUGAUAGCAGACUGAAAUGAUUUAGUAAAUGAGCGACUGCAAGGUGCAGUAGUGGCACAUCUGCCUCCCGCCUUGAGCUUUGGAACUCGGCCCCAGCCUAGCUUGCUCGUCUCUGGGCACUUCACUUCAUUUCCCCCACAUUCCAGUAACACGCAUGUUCCUUCCAUUGCAUAUUCUAAAUUGCUGUUCGAGCUGGGACAGAGCGGCACGGGCGUCGGGGCCUCUUGUCGAGCGUGCCCGGGGAACUUCUUGCGAGAGGGUGGUCUACUGAAACAUGGCGGGAAGCCCGGUUGACAUUAUUGUGGCCAGUACCGAUCUGAUUGAAUCCCAAAUCUUAGCAUUAGAUGAGCGAGAGUUUACUUGCUUCCUCGGGAUGAACUCGUCAAAAGUACUAAAGUAAGGGGAAAAUCUGAAAAACAAAACAUGUAAGUCACAAUCAUGAGACGCUAUCUGAUCACGAUGAUGGCCGGGCCACGUAAAAGCCAGCCCGCGGCCUCGGCUCCUCGCUUCAAGGCUUUCUGGAUGUUCCGAACUUGAGGCUUGAAACUGAAGGUCGACUUUGUGGAGCUGAGACACACAAAAUCUGUGGCAUCUUUGAAAAUGACUUCUUACAAUGCCUUUUUUUUUUUUUGUUUUUUUUUUUUUUUUCUCCUCCACUGGAUUUCAUGUGAUGGCAUCUUCUACCCCCGUGAUUUAUAUUCAUCUAUUACUUUUAUUUAUAGUUUAUAUAUCAUUAUUGUGCCAGUUUUGAAUGUACCCGAUUUUAGGUUUGGACUUGGACUGUGUUUUAAAAUGUAUUCCCCUAACUAUCUUUGAACCGUUUUAGUCUCAGCCGGGUUUGUGGGGCUCCUGCACUGCCUGUGGCUUCUCUAUUGUUGUUGUUGUUGUUUUUUUGAUCAAUCAUUACUACGUUGGUAUCUUUAGGUGUUUUUUAUUUUAUGUUUUGUGUUGUACGUGUUCUGUCAAAGCACUUUGUACAUAGUUAUUAUUUAUGCCGUACAGUGAUAGGCAGAGCAAUUGAAUGCUCUUCCAUUAGACGGCAGAAGGUACAAUAAACGUGUGAAUAUCGGCUACAUGAUCUUCAUAGGACAGAAGAAGUCAUGGCUUUCUGCGAGUCUUAUCAGCGUUUGUGUUCAAUUAAACUGGCGCAAAUUGUUUUUCUAAUGUAAAAUGGAUGCCAAUGCUCAGUAAAGUUCGGUUAAACCCUGUCCUAGGUCCUAGGCAAAGGAAAUUAAAGUGUAAAUACCUUUUUUAAAAAGUUGCAUUUUCACAAUUCAAUGAUACAGCAGAAAACUAAUGUUUCUCUUUGACAUGGCCCCACAGUGCUGAAAAAGUAAAAGAUACUCAAAAAGUAUAUAAAUAGGUCCAGAAAUAGAUGUAC